AUGCACAUGAGGUGUUGUGCCCAUAUCCUAAAUCUCAUUGUGGGGGAGGGUUUGAAAGAGACAGAUGCAUCUGUUGCUAAGGUGCGUGAAGCUGUGAGGUAUGUGAAGUCCUCACCCAAUAGAAGUCAAACUUUUAGGAGUUUUAUGGAGAGGUUAGGUAUGGAGUCCAAGAGUCUUCUUAGUCUAGAUGUACCUACUUGGUGGAACUCGACCUAUAUCAUGUUAGAAACUGCUGAAAAAUUUGAGAAAGUGCUCCUUCUAAUGGAUUUUGAAGAUGAUGGUUAUUCGUCGUACUUUAGGACCAAGGAAGAUAGUGGUGGUUUGGGGUCUCCGUGUAUGACUGAUUUCCAAAAUUGCAGGGCAUUUGUGACUUUCUUAAGGCUAUUUUAUAAUGCAACAAAGAAAUUUUCUAGUUCAUUGUACGUUACUUCAAAUGCCUUCUAUGAUGAGACCUUUGUUAUUCAAGAGAGUAUUUCCAAUUUAGUUAAAUCCCAAAACACUCUCUUGAAAAGCACAGCCACAAACAUGCAAACUAAGUUUGAGAAGUAUUGGGGGGAAGGGGAGAAAAUUAAUCAUCUUUUGUAUGUGGCUGUGGUCUUUGAUCCACGAAAAAAAUUGAGGUUUUUGAAGUUUUCAUUUUCUGAAAUUUAUGGGAAUGCAGUUGCAGAAGUGAUGGUUGAUAAGGUGAAAGAUCUUUUGUUUAAGUUGUAUAAUUUUUACACUUCUAUUCAUUCAUCAAAUGUGCAAGAUCAAAGUGGGAGUGAGAGGACAGAAUUGGAAAGUGAUGCUAGUGAUCCAUAUGUGAUGGUUCACUCGCGAUAUGAACGUUUUUUGCAAGUUGAGCAAUCUGUAGGUUGUAGUAAUGAGCUUGAGAGGUAUUUGGCUGAAAACUGUGAUGGUAGAAAGGAUGCAAAUUUUGAGAUAUUGGAGUGGUGGAGGGACAAUUGUAAUAGGUACCAAGUGUUGUCUAAAGUUGUUAAGGAUGUGCUGGUUGUACCAGUUUCCACUGUUGCAUCUGAGUCAGCAUUUAGCACUGGAGGUCGAAUUGUUGAUCCAUUUCGAAGUUCACUAUCUCCUCUCAUGGUUCAAAACCUUGUAUGUUCACAAAAUUGGCUUCAAGCCACAGUUCCAAUUUCUCAUCGCCAGUCAAGGGAUGAUGUAGAGGCAUUGGAGGAGGAGUUACUUGACUUAGUUUUAAAUCAACAACCAACAGUAAGUGCAAUAGCAAAUACCAGCUCAAGCAAGGGUUCCACUUCAGGCAAACGACCCUUGAUUAGCAUUGAUGAUUAA